AUGUCCCUCGUACAACAUGUUUCUGCCAUUGAUGGUGUCGAUCGCGAACCCGAGCCGGACGACGACACGACCGACACUACAGUCACGGCCAAUUUGGACGGACUUGCUUCCAUCCGCCGGAAGAUUAGCUACGAUGUGUUCCCUCCACCGGCACCGGAGAUCGACGAUAAGCACGCGACCGCGGCGUACAAGGUGUCGGACAUAAGGCGGUUGGCCCAGGUCAUUGUCACGGUCCUUGCUUGCUGGUUUGCCUCGGGCAUUGUGUUUGGUUUUGCGGCGCUGAAGCCCGUCCUGGUCGGAGAGGGUGUCUAUCGCAACCUGUGCACCGCCGAGGAACUGCAACGCGACGUGGAGCUUUGCUAUAAACAAGAUUUGAAGUUGAAUCUGUUUUUCACGGUCGGAUCGAUCACGGCCAACAUGUCGGCCCUUCCGGUCGGAACCAUCUUGGACCGUUACGGCUCGCGCGUCUGUGGCUUUGCCGGCUGCUUCGCAUUAACCAUGGGUUGUCUCUUUAUGGCGGCCUCCUUUUCGUGGCCGGCAUUCGAUGGCUAUAUAGUCGGGAAUCUCUUUCUUGCUCUCGGCGGGACCUUUAUUUUCGUCCCCUCAUUUCAGAUCGCCAACGCGUUUCCACGGUAUGCCGGAACCAUCGUCGCUCUGGUCACCGGUGCGUUCGAUGCGUCCGCGGCGAUUUACCUAUUCUACCACCUCAUUUACGAAGUCGAUCGUCAGAAGUUCAACCCGAAAAGGUUCUUUCUGACCUACCUGGUCGUCCCCGCGAUGAUCUUCGUUUCGCUGCUCACCGUCAUGCCGGCCCAUGACUACCAGAGCCCCCGUUUGCUGAAUUCCAAGAUCGAGAAGGCAGAGGACGCAACGCGGGAUGUACACGAGUCGGACGAGGAUAUCGAUAGUGACUCCGAGCUUCGGCGCAUUCGACAGGAGCGCGCAGACCGCCGACGCGACAAGAUCAACCUGAUCACCGAGGUGCUGGGUGACGAAGACGAGCGCAGACAGCGCGAGCAGGACGAGGAGGACCGUCACAACGUCAGCCACGUCUGGGGAGUGCUUCACGGCCAGCCGGCUCACAAGCAGAUGGCCACGCCGUGGUUCAUUCUGAUCACGCUGAUGACGGUCCUGCAGAUGCUGCGGAUGAAUUAUUUUAUCGCCACCAUUCGAUCGCAGUAUGAGUAUAUGCUGCAUUCGGAGCUGCAGGCCGAGUGGAUCAACCGCUUCUUUGAUAUCGCCCUACCUGUCGGCGGCGUCAUCUCGACUCCGUUUAUCGGACUGAUCCUUGAUCAUUUCAGCGUUCCGGCUACACUUGCCACCAUCGUCAUCUGCACGACGGCGAUUGGCGUUCUGAACUCCGUGCCAGCGCUAUGGACUGGCUACGCGACCAUUGCACUAUUUGUGCUUCUCCGGCCGCUGUAUUACUCGGCCAUGUCCGACUAUACCACCAAAGUAUUUGGAUUCGCCACGUUCGGCCGCGUCUAUGGCACGAUCAUCUGCCUAUCCGGUCUGGUGAACUUCUCCCAGUACGGACUGGACUCGCUCACUCACGGGCCCCUCCAGGGGAACCCCAUUCCCAUUAAUAUUUUCUUUGCCUGCGCGGGCUUUGUGAUCGGUAUAGCGCUUGUGGGAUACGUGUAUAUCGCCGGACGACGGCUGAGCGAGAAGGAGCAGGAAGAAGCGGAGGACGAGGAACGGGAGCGAUUGAUCCGGGAAGAAGACGAAGAGGAGGACGAAAUGGAUAACGAAGUCUAA